UAGCGAAGGCGUUCCCGUGUAAGCUCAGCACAUUCGGUUCUGACUCAUUUUUGAUGCCCAAACAGCUGUAUAUUUAGGCAGUUUAGUAAACUCACCAGGGAUUGGGACACAGUUUAUGUUCUCCAGAACGCACCACACACACACGCGCGCGCGCGCUUGACUUUCCUGUUUCCCAUUAGUGUACACGCGGGAUGAAGAUGGUUUGACGACGCAGAUACAAACCGGGUUACUAAAAGCUUUUGACCGCUCUUCAGGGUUUGCUGAGGAAAGAGUGAGAGAGAGAAAGGCACUUUAAAGAUGAACAUUCAGGCAGCCAUCAGGUAUGAGAUCUUUGUCCCAAGAGAUGAAAAGUUACUGGUAGCCAUAGAGGUGAGGAGAAGGUUGAAGAGGAAGAGUCUUUCCUUCCUCAGUGCAGGCCGCAAGAGGAACUACUUAACUUUCCUCUGCUUGUCAGUCACUAACACAAGACCAGCUCAAAUCUUCAUCACUAAAGUUAAAAAGUAUCCAGGUUCGCGACAGUUCUCUAAAAGAUCGCAGUGGUCUAUAGAGCACCUUCGUCAAGUCAAUGGCAUCCACCCAAAUAAGGACUCUCCCGAGUUUGAUCUAGUGUUUGAUCGUGUUUCUGAUCAAUGGGAGGCUAGCUCAGCAGCGGAGAAGUGCAUGUUUGUGCAAGUUCUGUAUCAUGCUUGUCAGAACUACUGGGAGGCAAAGCUCAGCCAAGAAAACCCGGUGACCCCUGGAGAACCGAAGAUACCUGGAGCUAUAGAGAUCAAGAAGAGCCAUGGUGCCCCAUGCCAAACUGACUUUGUCAACUGUCAGCCAAAGCUUAUGGGAGAUGCAUGUUCUGUUAAUAUGGUCAUCUACCGCUGCAAGAUAUUUUUGAACAGAAUGAAGAACAGUAUGAUUUCAAACCAAGCACCAGAACUAUCCAAGGCCAGCCCCUCCCUUCCGGUGGUGAAGAAGAUGGGAAAUACAACGAUGAGGUCCAGUCAGGUUCUGAGUGAGCGUGGGGAGCGUCUAAUGAAGGCUGAUGAGAAGACCAGCCACUUUUUGCAUGGAGCCAAGCAGUUUGCAGAAGCUGCUCAGAAACUGGCUCUGAAGCAGAUUUAAAGGUUCUCUGGACGUCCUGCCAAUAACCAUUUUUUUUUUUGAAAAGGAGCUUUUAAUUAUCUUGUAUUUAUAUAUACCUUUUUAUUUGUCUAAUUGUCCACAGUGAAUUCUUAGGAUGCAUCUUAGUCAUUUUGUUGCAUUAGUUGUUGUUGAAGGUUCGUGAGGUAGCUUAAGUAUUUCUUUAUUUUUGCAAACCACUGGAUGGUCAAAUCAAACCAUUGUUGAGAGGUGGCAUGGUGGUCUGUCUGUCUUUUGAAUAAGAUGAUGAUGAUAUAAACCUGAUUGUUUUUUGCAUUUAAUAUGCUAUGCAUGGGAUAACGAAGCCAGCAGGUGGUUGAUCCUCCCCUGUUAAGGUACAUGAUGCUGUGAUUAAAAUGAAGUUAGUUUAGGAGUAGAAAAAAGCCUUAAUCCCUCCUUUCCUUUAGCUUGUUUCAUUAAGCAACAAAGUGAAACAAAUUUUAAAUGAGUACACAUCACUGAAUUGAUAACGAGUGUUGUAUUGUGGACUAAUUAUCUUUUAAUAAUAUUUUUGUGGUUUAAGCUGCAUUCAAGGUGAAUUUGUGCACUGUAUGCCAUAAUAUUAUUGUCUCAGAUUGCGUGCUGUGCAUUAACUACUGAAGUGAUUUAUUUCUAUGGAUUUUUUUAAUCCCCUCUAUACCUUCUAUAUCUACACAGUGUAAAUUGUUUUUUAGACACAUUUUAUGAGGGUGAGCAAUUUAACAAGUAAAUCACUUAUGUAAUAUGCACUAAUCUCACACAUUCCACAACACUAUAACAAAAGGGUUGCACUUUAGCUAGGAUAGCACUGAACCAUUAACAACUUUGGAUUUAAAUCUCUUUCAGUACUAAAGUAUAUUAUAAUUGUUUCAUACAACAGGGGUUUCGAGGUUUAUUUGUUUUUGUAUUAACUUUAGCUUGGUCCCUCCUUGGGGUCAGUUUGAGAGGUGGCAAAAGGUAGACUAAAUUUGUUUUUAUAUAAUUGCUGUUGUAGUUGUCUAAUAACGUUUAAUGUCUUGAUGAGAUCAGCAUUCAGGGAUCAUAUUAGAAUUGUCAUUUGAUAAUGAAAAUUCUAAGUAUUGUAUCAGCAGCAAAUUUAACACAAAUAAGUCACUUGAGAAAUUUGAUGUAUGAACACUCACACAUAAGAGUGUACUCCGUAAUGGCUGUUGGAUUCCACAAGGAGGCUGCGUGUGCUUUUUUUAGAAUGAUCUCUGUUAUUUAUUACAUUCAUUCAUUAGAGAUGCUGAUGAAUGCUGAAGGCUCAUUGUGAAGUGUUUAUGCAUGUUAAAUGUAUUCUCUUUAGGUGUGAUACAUAUGUGAAUAACAUUUCUGUCUGUCUAUUCAAUGUCUAUUUGUCUCAAGUCUGUCCCAAUUUUGGAUGGUGUUUGUGAACGUCCUAUGUAGUAGGAGUAUGAACAUGUCAUUUAAAAAGGCCAGGGGGUGUUUCCACAUUGAUUUGAAUACCCUGAUUGGUGUUUGACAUGUUUAAUGCAACCUGCCUUAUGAUGUUCUGUUGCUUUAAUUUAUAGCCUAUUCCCUAAUACUGCAUGUGUGUAUCUAACUGAGAAUUUUACCUGUCCUUGUUCAUACAUGUGCUCUUGUCUUGUGAUACUUUUAGAAAACUAUGUUAAAUACAUAAAUGCCUCUCAUUUAAUCAAUAAAUGAAA